AUGGCCAUUAUCGUCGCUGGCCUGUUGCUUCUAUUUGCAGUCUUAGUCCUAGACGCCUUGUCUAGACGCCUCAAGGAGUCUCAUUUAAACAGCUGGGGCAGUACUGAUCUCCCACACGACAACAUCAACGCAGCGGAGCCCGGCAGAUAUCCUAUGAGGCUUGGAGCCACCCUCAGUGGAGGGCGUGCGUUUUGUAGUCUUGUGCCAAGGCCCUUGGCAUACAAGGAUUAUACGGUUGGCUGGAUCUGUGCCCUUCCUAUUGAGAUGGCUGCUGCAAAGGCAAUGCUUGAUGAACUCCAUGCCGACCUGCCAGCCAACCCAUCCGACGAAAACACUUACAUUCUCGGCCGGAUAUGCUCUCACAAUGUCGUCGUUGCUUGCCUUCCUACCGGUAUUAUCGGACCCACGCCGGCCGCGACUGUCGCAACCCAAAUGCUGUCAACAUUUCGAUCAAUCCGCUUUAAUCUCAUGGUCGGUAUCGGGGGUGGAAUCCCCGGCCAGGCAGAUAUCAGACUGGGCGAUGUCGUGGUGGCCAAACCCACCAGGGACCAUGGCGGCGGCGUGCAAUAUGAUUACCCUACAACAGUCAAAGAAUGUACUAUCAAGCGAACCGGAAUGUUCAGCAAGCCGCCACGCAUCCUCCUAACUGCUCUCUCAAAGCUCCAAGCGACUCAUCUCUUAACUGGACCGCGGAUCCUCAGCUUCCUCUCAGAGAUAGAGUCGAAAUACCCUCUACUAGCGUCGACCUUGCGACCUCAGGGCCAAGAUAGCCUGGUACGCUCAAAAUACCAUUCUCGUCCACCAUCAAUCCCAAUAUACCGCACAUGCCACAAACCCCAGCCCCAAAACAGCUCCGAUACACACCGGGAACGAAACGCCCCAAAAGUCCACUACGGCCUCAUUGCGUCUGGAAACCAGGUCAUCAAAGACAGCAGAAUCCGCGACCACUUGGCGCGCGAGUCUAACAUUUUAUGCUUUGAGAUGGAGGCUGCCGGGCUGCUGGAUACAUUCCCGUGUCUCGUUAUCCGCGGUGUCUCGGACUACGCGGACUGCAAUAAGAAUGAUGCCUGGCAGGGGUACGCGGCUGCCACUGCGGCUGCGUAUGCAAAGGAGCUAUUGUCUGUUAUUCCGAGGCAGCAGGUUGAGGAUGCGCCGUUGGCUGUUAGGGAUUUCCAGGGGUGA